GGGCUGGAGAGAGGACCAGCCUCCUCCGCGGGACGUCCACCGGGGCUUUUAACCGUGCACUCGGGUACAGCCCACUCCGGCGCGGGAUGGACCCCAAGCCCCGAGCACGCGCUUCCCUCUGUGACCUGAAGCUUCUUUGACAAACAGCGCAGCUCAAAGGAGGAGGAGGACUUUACGAGCGGCUUGAUUCGCUCGGAGUUGGAUUCAGACAGUUCCACGUGGAUGACUUCACUGACACUUUUACGUCUCGAGAAGCUGUCGCCGUUAAACAUGCGCCGCACGUCACGUCUCGCGCUAUUCUCCACGCACACUUGCAGCCCGCGCGCGCCCUGCACUGCGUGAGUGAGCCAGAAGCAUGCCGCUGGUGGCGUGGGUCCCGCUGGGUCUGCUCCUGGGCUUCAUCACCUCGCAGACGUGGAGCGUUCACAUGCCGUGGGAGAACCGGGGCUCGCAGCCGCACAUCGUCUUCAUCCUCGUGGACGACCAGGGCUUCAGGGACGUCGGGUACCACGGCUCCGAGAUCAAGACCCCCGCCAUAGACCGGCUCGCGGCGCAGGGGGUCAAGCUGGAGAACUACUACGUCCAGCCGCUGUGCAGUCCGUCCCGCAGCCAGCUCAUGACCGGCAGGUAUCAGAUCCACACCGGCCUCCAACACUCCAUCAUCAGACCCACCCAGCCCAACUGCCUGCCCCUGGAAAACGUCACCUUACCGCAGAAGUUGAAGCAGGCUGGCUACUCCACUCACAUGGUCGGGAAAUGGCACCUGGGCUUCUACAAACGAAACUGCCUCCCCACUCAACGCGGUUUCGAUACGUUCUUCGGUUCCUUGCUUGGAAGCGGCGAUUACUAUAGCCACUACAAAUGCGAAGGUCCCGGCAUGUGCGGGUACGACCUGUACGAAGGCGAAGAGGCCGCUUGGGACCAGGAUCGCGGCAUGUACUCGACCAUGAUGCUUACCAGAAAAGCUAUUAGUAUCUUAGCGAACCACGACCCCAAUCAGCAACCCUUAUUUCUUUACCUAGCGUUUCAGGCGGUCCACUCUCCGCUCCAAGUUCCGGCACGCUACCUCGAACGCUACAAAGGGAUCCCGAACUUGAUACGACGCAAGUAUGCCGCCAUGGUGUCCUGCCUUGACGAAGCCAUCCACAAUUUGACGAUGGCGUUGAAGCGUUACGGUUAUUACGACAACACGGUGAUAGUUUACUCCUCGGACAACGGAGGGCAACCCCUAGCGGGCGGAAGCAACUGGCCCUUGAGAGGAAGCAAGGCGUCGUAUUGGGAAGGCGGCAUCAAGGCGGUUGGUUUCGUCCACAGCCCGUUACUGAUGAACAAAGGGACUAAGUGCAGAUCUUUGGUUCACAUCACGGACUGGUUUCCUACUUUGGUGACUCUCGCCGAAGGAACCUUGGAGGAAGAUCUCAACUUGGAUGGGUACGACGUUUGGGAAGCUAUCAGCGAAGGUCGUCCAUCCCCGCGGCAAGACAUUUUACACAAUAUCGACCCGAUUUAUAUUAAAGCUAAGAACGGUUCUGGAAAGCAGGGGUAUGGAAUUUGGAAUACAGCGGUUCAAGCUGCUUUGCGGGUUGGACAUUGGAAACUGCUAACCGGGGUGCCUGGGUACAGCGACUGGGUUCCUCCGCAGACUUUUUCCACCCAGCGGCUCACCCAUCGCUAUCAUAACGAACGGAUACGGUGGGAUCGGGGGAAAUCUCUCUGGUUGUUCAACAUCACCGCCGAUCCGUACGAGCGGGUGGAUCUCUCUCAGAGGUACCCGCAUAUCGUCAAGAAGAUGCUCAUGCGGCUUGCACAUUACAACAAGACUGCAGUGCCGGUGCGCUAUCCGGCCAAAGAUCUCCGCUCCAAUCCGCAGUUUAACGGAGGAGUUUGGGGCCCGUGGUACAAAGACGAAAAAGACAGACAAGACGAGGAACACAUAAACAAUCAUCUGACGGAACUUUCGAAUAAAAAGCGAUGGAAAAAGAAAUUCAAACAUCGGAAAUUGAAAAGGCGAGUUGAAGAGGAGUAAAUGGUAAUAUUUGUGGAAAAAAAAAAAAUUAAUUUCUCAGGGAUUGACGUGUUCUAUUUCAAGAAUGUACGUCGAAUAAACUAAAACUAGACCCCAGUGUACUGAACUGUGAUGUUAUAGUUGUAGAGUAUGCUGUAGAGACACUUACUGUAAACACUACUGUCAAGCCAAAAUAUAAUAAAGACCUCGUGAAUGUUUAGGUCCUGGUAAUGAUUUUUUUUUUUUUUCAUAAGGUUGCACAAAUUGGGCCAAAUUGAAAAUCAAUAUUGGUAUCACAUUGUCAAAAGUUUCACAGUAAUACCGUGGGCCAACACAAUAUAUAUCGAAUUACAAGUCUCUUUCAUUGUUCAUUUCAAUUCAUUGUUUUGGUGCAGUAAUAGCUAAAA